AUGAUUGAAGCAUCGUCGUUGCUUGCGCCGGCCGUCUUGCUCCCGGCUCUCGUUGUCAUCCACGUGCUCGUGGCGUACGUUCGCAAUCCGCUGCGGAAGAUCCCCGCUGCGCAUCCCACGGCGCACGUGUCGUCGCUGUGGAUAGCCUGGGUGCGCUGGAGACACAUUGAGAAUGCGACGCUGAAAGAGGCACAUGCAAGACUGGGCCCAAUUGUGUGUUUGGGCCCCGAAGAAAUCAGUAUCAAUUGCGUCAAGGGCGGUAUCCGCGAUGUCUACGGCGGGGGAUUCGAAAAAGUCAAUGCGAAAAACGGGUAUAAUUGGUAUUCGUUUUUUACAAACUAUAGCGGGUGA